GCUGUCUUCAUAGAGGAGCCUUGUGGAUCGUCUCCAAGGGGGAUGCGGGCGGACUGGGGAGGAGAGAGAGGAGAAUCCCACCUCAACAGCAAUCUCCUGGUUCCAGACCAGCUGAGCUCCACCUCCGACGCGGAUGCCAUGAAAGGCGGGUCUCCGGGCCACCUGGGGGCCCCUCGCUUCAGCCCAGAGCGCCUGGCCCCUCCUGCCCUCCGGGCGGAGCUGCUGGGCCCCUCCAAGGUGAAGGACCGGACCCAGCACGUCACUGACAAGGUGACACAGGUAUUAUCCCUGGAGUCUGACGUGCUUCCAGAGUACAAGCUCCAGCCUCUGGACACCUCCAGAUGGACCCUGCUGCACUACAGCCCCUUCAAGGCCAUGUGGGACUGGCUGAUCCUGCUGCUGGUCCUCCACACUGCCGUGUUCACCCCCUACUCCGCUGCCUUCCUCCUGGACGAACACCGGGAUGUCCGCAGGAGGAGCUGUGGCUACACCUGCAACCCUCUCAACCUGGUGGACCUCCUGGUGGACAUCCUGUUCAUCGUGGACAUCGGCAUCAACUUCAGGACCACCUACGUGAACCACAACGAUGAGGUGGUGACCCGGCCUGGCAGGAUUGCGCUGCACUACAUCAAGGGCUGGUUCCCCAUCGACCUGAUGGCCGCCGUGCCCUUCGACCUGCUCAUCUUAGGCUCCGGCUCUGACGAGAUGGCCACUCUCAUUGGCCUAUUGAAGACGGCACGUCUUCUCCGAUUGGUCCGCGUGGCCAGGAAGCUGGACCGCUACUCGGAGUACGGCGCCGCGGUCCUCUUCCUGCUCAUGUGCACGUUCGUGCUCAUCGCCCAUUGGCUGGCCUGCAUCUGGUACGCCAUCGGCUUCGUGGAGCGUCCGUACACGGAGACAGGCUGGCUGGACAACCUGGCAGAGCAGCUGGGGAAACACUACAACGACAGCGACGCCACGUCCGGCCCGUCCAUCAAGGACAAGUAUGUGACGGCGCUGUACUUCACCUUCAGCAGUCUGACCAGCGUGGGCUUCGGGAACGUCUCCCCCAACACCAACUCUGAGAAGCUCUUCUCCAUCUGUGUCAUGGUCAUCGGAUCCCUCAUGUACGCCAGCAUCUUUGGGAACGUGUCGGCCAUCAUCCAGCGCCUGUACUCGGGCACCACGCGCUACCACACCCAGAUACUGCGGGUGAAGGAGUUCAUCCGCUUCCACCAGAUCCCCAACCCCCUCCGCCAGCGCCUGGAGGAGUACUUCCAGCACGCCUGGUCCUACACCAACGGCAUCGACAUGAACGCAGUGCUGAAGGGCUUCCCGGAGUGUCUGCAAGCAGACAUCUGCCUGCACCUGAACCGCAGCCUGCUGCAGAACUGCAAGGCGUUCCAGGGGGGCAACCAGGCAUGCCUCCGCGCCCUCGCCAUGCGCUUCAAGACCGUGCACGCCCCGCCAGCCGACACGCUCGUCCACUACGGAGACGUCCUCACCGCCAUCUACUUCCUGUCCAGGGGUUCCAUCCAGAUCACCCGCGACGACGUGGUGGUGGCCAUACUGGAGAAGAACGACAUUUUCGGGGAGGCCCUGUACUCGGAGCCGGGAAAGUCCAAUGCAGACGUGCGUGCCCUGACCUACUGUGACCUCCAGCGCAUCCAGCGGGACGACCUCCUGGAGGUGCUGGACAUGUUCCCCAGCUUUGCCCACUCCUUCUGGAGGAACCUGGAGAUCACCUUCCACCUGCGAGACGAUGAGCAGCCUCCACCCCUGACCUCGCUGGCAGACUCAGGAGACGAGUGUGUCUGCCGCUCCAGACACAGAGGGCACUCCCUGGACUGCAGGAACAGACCCGACGGGAUGGACCAGGACGAGCCGUACCCCUGCCGGCAUGGCCCCGCCCCCCCGAGCUCGUGGGAGGAGCUCUGCAGCUGUGGCUCCUCCUCUUCCUCCUCCCACACCAGUGACAAGCCCCGCCCUUCCCGGGGCAGAGGGGAGGAGGGGCUGGACUACACCACCCCUGGGGUGCGGCUGUUGCCCCCUAGUGGCGUCUCCGGACCACAAGAGUGCUCCAUGGACCGGACCCUGCCAGCCUCUCUGCUGGCCGUGCCCGAGGCCGUGCCCGGGGUGUACAGGUACUGGCCGUCCGGCUCCCCCCAGUACCCCGCCCGCGGCUGGCGCUCUGCCUCCAUCAGGGCCGCUACGGCUCCACCCCCGGCCCCGCCCCCGCCCCCGGUCCCGCCCCCGGUCCCGCCCCUCAGCGACCUUGAGACACGGCUGGAGCUGCUGCAGUCACAGCUCCACAGCAUCGUGUUGAGCUGUAUGUGUGGGUCUCUGGGCAGCAUCGUGUUGAGCUGUAUGUGUGGGUCUCUGGGCAGCAUCGUGUUGAGCUGUAUGUGUGGGUCUCUGGGCAGGCUGGAGACGCGCAUGACAGCUGACAUCACCGUGAUCCUGCAGCUGCUGCAGGGGCAGGUGGUCCCCCCUGCCUACAGCAGCCCGGACGGCCUCUACAGCACCGCAGCCCCGGGCCUUCAUAGCCUCUACCCCCCACCCCCCCCGGCCCUGGACAGCCCCCCCACACAGCCGUCCGCAGACGCGAGGUCAGAGGUCAGGUCCCAGGAAUCCCUGUCCUCCGGCAUCCACGUCACCCUGGCCUCGGACGACACCAUGUCCGUUACCCCGGAGACGGAGGGGAGAGCGUUGCUAGGCGCCCAGGCCUCGGUCCGGCCCUCUUUAACGGGGCCUCCAGGGCUGAGCAGGAGCCUGCGAUUCCCCUCCAUGCCUGGGAGCCUGGAUCUCCCCGGCCCAGAGGACGUCCACACACAAAUGUCAGACCCAGCGCUGCCUCUUACAUGA